AUGGUAAUCCAUGGCAUGUCAGUUCCAACGAUAUUAGAUACUGAUAUUGGUACAGCUUAUGAUGAUCAUCUAGCGUUAAUAUAUAUUCUGUCACUACCAAAUCGAUUUGAUUUAAAACUAAUUGUUUGUUCAACAACGAAUACAACAGCGCGUGCACAAAUUGUAGCGAAAACAUUGAGAUUUUUUAAACGUUUCGAUAUUCCAAUAGGUCUUGGUCGAGCUUCUCAAGACACAUAUGGCAUAUUUCAAUAUCGAUGGGCGCAAGAUUAUUCACUAGAACAGUUUCAGAAUGAUGGCGGAAUCGUUUUUCGCGAUGGUGAACAAGUAUUGGCUGAUGAAAUGAGAAAAGCAUCGAUGAUGAAUCGUCCGUAUCAUUAUAUUCACAUAGGUCCGGCAACAUCGUUAGGCAAUGUACUUGAAAAAUACCCACUAUUGUCGACGAAUAUUCGAUUAUUUGCUAUGGCUGGUAGUUUAUACUAUGGAUAUGAAAAUUCGACUACACCAUCUAAAGAAUAUAAUAUUGAAUAUGAUAUUCGAUCAGCGCAAACUAUGUUCGCAUCGAAUUGGGCCUAUUUCAGUUUAGCACCAUUGGAUUGCACGAACUUUAUGCAAUUUAAUGGUCUUCUCUGGAAAAAAAUUUUAUCCUAUCGAAAUAGAUCACGUACAGUCAAUAUGAUCAUUGAGAGUUACACAAUAUGGUACAAUGAUGGUGGAAAUAGUAUGAGUGCCAUUCAAUCCUUUAAUCCUGAAUUGGGUACACCUGAAAUGCACGAUGUUUUGGCUGUCUAUUUAGCUGGUAGUUACACAUCUGUCGCUCCGACUAUAUCAUUUUUUCUACCAAUAUUCGUGACGAACGAUGGUUUUACACGCGAAAAUCAAACAAUCGAGAAGACCAUCAGUACUUGCUUGAAAUACGAAACAUCGGAUCCAUACGAAGCAACAGCUCAGAUUGGUCGGGAAGUUGUUCUUGUUCUUUUCAACAUUCGACAUACUGGUCAUCAUCAAAUAGCUCCAACAACACUAAUAGGUUUAAACCAUGAAAUACGAUAUCGAAGACGACGACUUCGUAAGAAAGAUAUUCAAUACAUCAAGCUAUCUCUUAUACAAGUAGCUGCUUAUAUUGUUUUCAAUACACUUCAUGGUUACAAUACAAUUCAUGAAGUUAUUACACAGAAUCAAAUUAAAACUCCUGAGCAACGAGCUAUUGAAGGAUUUUUGAGUGGAACGGGUUUGAAUCUUCAUUAUGUCUAUACCGGAAUUACUUUCUUUCUUUAUACAUUGGCAUCUGAAACAUUUCGACAAGCUUGUAUUUUGUUUUGGAAACGUUGGUUAGAACAUCUGUUACAUUUAAUGUUUCUUCGAUCUAAUCAUCAAACGACUGUUCAAAUUGCUUAA